AUGUAUAAGAGAAAAUUUCCAAAAACGAAGAAUGUUGAUGGGAACUUUUCGUCUUCGUCUCAAUUACAGGAAACUACUAGUUCUUUAAAUGAUAUUACACCGAUUAAGGCUAUAAUAACCAAUGAGACCGUUUUGGACGAUGAUGAGUCACCGGAGUCGCCAUCAGUAUUGGAUGAUUUCAGCGAUUUUCCCAUUGAAAAAAAAAGAAAAACUGUUGACAUUUAUUCAGAUGAUACUACUGAUUGUUCAGAACCUCUAUUUUGCGAUGAUGAUGCUUAUUCUUAUUUGAAACAAACAUUAAUCAGUUGUGGUUUACAUUUGAAGCCUGAUCAAAACAUAUUGUGUGUCAAAGAGUAUAUAUUCUUACAAAAACUUAAAUCUAAAUUAUCUAAUGAUUCUGAAGAAAUCGGUGGAAUUGAUGAUGUAAAAAAAUUUUUUAUGGAAUUUGAAAAUUACCAUAAUGAUAAAAUAAAUCUUAAAGUAGCUCUAACACCUUAUAAAGAGAUUCCUGAAAAUAAACUUAAGCAACAAAGAGAUUCUUUAGCUCGUCUUCUACUCCAAGUACCUCAACUUCAAUCAAAUUUGAUUGAUUUUUUUUUUGAUAAAAUGGCAGAAAUCUGCUUAGAAGAUAUAACAGAUGAUCUAGUAUUACCUGUACAGAAAUGGGUACGGAUGUUGCUUAGACCGUUUAAGUAUCUAUAUAGCAUAAUUGAUUUAAGAAAAGUUUGCAAUAAAUUGUUUGAUAAUCUUAAUGUAAUAUCUGAUCUUGAUAUCAAAAGAGAAUUAAUUUUGUCAAUUCCUGAUAUUGUUCUUGAUAGUGAAGAUCAUGAUGCUCAUGAUGGAUUAUGUAAACUCCUGAGAAGUGACAAAGAAUUAAUGGCUUGUGUCUUGGAAACUAUUGGUCAGUUAAACAUUAGCAAAGAUGAAUUAGCAUUCAUUCAAAUGGAUAUGAUACCUGUUAUUCAUCAUACUCCAUCAGAUACACUUCCUGCAUUAGUUAGAUUUUUAAUUAAAGUAGAUGAUCGUACCCUAGCUGAAAAAAUUGUAAAUGGAUUAAGGUCAGAACUUCCAUUUUCUACUUCAACCAAUGAUAAUUUAUUAAGCAUACAGCUUGUGAUUUUUAGUUGUAUUUAUGAUAGAUUUUUAUCAAGCAAGUUGUUAUUGGAUGUUUGGAUGAAGACUAUAAGUCAAGUACAAUCAUAUGCAGGACACAAACCAUUAGAUGUUGUCAUUAUGUUUUUGGCUUAUUCGGCUGCUUCUAAUGAUCAAUCAUCAAAAAGUAAUAUUUUAUCAAUUUUUAAAGAACGUUUAAAAAAUGGAUUUAUUCGUUCUGAGGUUAUGGAAAAGACUUUUCAAAUAUUUACUCCGGUAUUCAAACAAUAUUUUGAAACAUUCAUAGAUUUAUUUUCCAAUCUUCUAAAAGUUUCUGAUUAUACAUCCAUUGAAGUUGUAUCUAGUAUGAUAAUUAACUGUUUCAUUAACAUUCAUCAAUGCUGGUGUAAAUGGAUUGUGGAUGAACUUCUUGUUCUGUUUGGUACUGGUAAUAAGUUGACUAUUGAAAUUGUUUUAAAUAUUCUCUAUGAAUUAACUGAAAAAAGAAUUGAUAAAAUUCAACCACUAGCUACUCGUUUGAUGUCAGUCUUUAUGAGUAAAAUCUACGAUUUAUCUAUCAAAGAUAUUGCUCAAGUAUUGGACAUGUUAUGCAAAAUUGCCUAUUCAGAAGGUCCUGAUGGCAUUAAUAACUGUUCUGUGUUCCAAGAUGAAAUAAACAUAUUUGUACAAAAAGAACUUUGUUCUCUUUAUAUUAUGUAUCAAAGAGUUGGGAUUAUUGGAGCAAUUAUGUUGACUAAGCAUAUAGUUCUAGUAUCCUCUGAUGAAGAAAGUGUAUCAAUCGAUAAAUCUAGUGAAGAUAUUGAACUAACCAAAAAAGCAAAGGAUGCUUACUCCCUCUUUGAAUUAUUAGUAACAAGGACCCAAUCAGAUACAGACUCUCAAAUUUUAUUUUUUGAUCAAUUUGCUCUUAUGAUGUUUCAUUGUCUUCCUGUUGACAAAACUUUUUUGUAUGCUGUUUCUUCAGUUAUGAAAAAAAACUUUCAAUAUAGUUUUUUAAUAGCUGCUAGUGACUUUAAAAAUGAGAAUUAUUUAGUCGAUUGUUCAUUAGCAUUCUGUCUAGAUAAAGAGCUUGAUGAGAUUAUUGCGGUUAAUUUGUGCCCAAAAGUCAUUGAUGAAGUAAAAAAGAAUGAUAAUGCAUUAACAGGAUUACAAAGUUGUCGUUCAAACGCUUUAACAUCAAUGUUUCGAUUGGUUAGGGGUUUGGAGCGCGAAGAUUUAAGUGAAAUUGAUGCAUUAUUGGGAUGUCCACUUGUAAUGCCUACACGUAAAACUAUAGAUGAAUUUGAAAUGUUAUCUCCAGAACAACAAAGUGUUGUUGUUCAUACACUUUUUCAUGCUGUUAAUUGGUUUCACGAAGUUAUUAAUUGUUUUUCUUACUUGAUCAAACAAAAAAAUGGAAACAAAGUAUUAAUUCGUUUGAGAACUAUAAUAUAUUUGAUUAAAACAAUAAAAAAAUGUUUGUCGGUAAUGUAUGAUCCAGAAUAUAUUCCACCAACGUGUUACUAUGGGUUGAAUGUUGAAAAGCCACAUUUUAAUAAAAAUAAAAAAAAGUCAUUAAAAUCAAAACAAAAAAAUACCAAUAAAAAAGGCAAAAAAAUAAAAGAUAAAAAAAAUGUUUCUUUAGAAUCCACCAAUACAUCAAAUUUUACUAUGACUAAUUUAGUAGAAGAUGAAAAUGAUGAUCAUAUUUUGGAAAAUGAAGUAGAUCUUAGUAUUUAUCAUGACUAUUUUCGUGAGCUUGAUAUUGAUACUUGGCUCAUUCUUACACAGAAGUUUGUUAUAAAUCCAGAACCUGAACAUGAUGAAGAGUUUACUCCAGAAUUAGGUCCUUCUGAGUUGCGCUAUUUAAUGGAAGAUGUAUUAAAAAAAUUAGAAUAUCUUGUCUUUAAAAACAAAAGAAUUAGCCAUUUGUCUAAAAUUAAAUCCAAAGAUACUGUUGGAUUUAGUAAUGUUUCAUUAGUACCUACCAAGACCAUUUUAAAAAAUUUUAUUAAACUUCUUCCAUAUUUGUUUACUGAUAUGGAAAUUCUUUCACAAUUUUUCAAGAAUUUAUUAAUGGCAAAUGACAACAUAUUGGAUUCUGCUGGAAUGUUCAUGGCGGAAACAUAUGAAAUGAAACAUUGUGUUGAAUUAAUUUUGAAAUCUAUAGUGGUAUUAUUUCAAUGGAAAGAUUUUGAAUCUUCUGAUAUGGAUGAUCUUUUUAUAAAUGCACUAAAAAAAAUGACAAGCAAGACAGAUUUGAGUAGCCAAAGUACUCAGUUUAAGCGUCAAAUAUGCAAAAAAGGAUUAAUUUUGGAAAAAAUAGGUUAUUUAACGGAAUUUCAACACAUAAUUCUUCAUUUAGAUGCUGCUGUUAAUUUAGUCACUCUAAUACAAACUUUGAAAAAUUUCUCUGAUGAACCAGAAAACAAUAUUAUUUUAAGAGAUACUUGUUGGAAUUUUUUAACUCGACAAUGGUAUUCAAUGACAGGAUUAGAAGAAAAUGGUCCAAAGUACAAUGAUAAAAUAACGUUUUUACUUGAAAUAUAUUUACAAUGUCAAGAUAAUCAGUUGAAAAAAUUAGUAGAAAUUGUUGAUUGGUUAGAAGUAGAAGUGAUAGCCAUGGAGUCAAAGACUGAUAGACUAAAAACAUUGCCUACAAUUAAUAAAAUGAAUUUUAAGUGUUUAAUCAAAGUUGUAUUAAACUCUUUAUUGGGAUCUGUGAAAGCUAGCUUAAAAACUGCUGAAAAUGAAAUAAAUCGCUUGGAUAUUUGGCAAUCGGCUAUUUCUGUGAUGGGAAAAAUGGUUCAAGCAAUUAAAAAACAAGAUUCUCGGAGUAAUCUUCUUAUAUUUGUUAAAGGUUCUAUAUUAUUAUUAAAAUUAUUCUUAGCUGAAGGAAUGAUGGUGUGCCAUAAUUUAUUUAAACUUAAAACAAAAGAGGUUUCAAAGGUUUUCAAAAGUCUUCAAGUAAUUACUAGGUACAUACAAAACAUAUGCAAUUACACAAAAGUGAUUAAAGAUAAUGCACUUAGUAAUUGUUUACCUAACAUCAGAGGUAUCUUAGAAGCAUUAAUAUUGAAAGUUAAAAAUGUUAUUGUUAUGAAUGGUUGUACUGACGCAUUUUUUAUGGGUAUUAUGAAAAAUAUCGAUAUUAAAGGAGAAGAAAUAAUGUCACAAAAUGAUAGCGAUGAUGAAACUGAUGAUGAUGAAGAUGAUGAUAGAAGUGAAGACAAAGAUGAAGCAAAUGAUUUAAUUAACCUUUUAGGUGAUGAUAAGAUUCAAAAUGAAAAUUCAAGUUCCGAUUCUGAUAAUGAUUCUUCAAUAUUGUAAUUAACAUAUGUAACAUUCAUUUUUUAUUGUU